UUCGUACGAGCAUGAUGGAGAGUACAUGUGUAUUGCUAGCAACGAGUUUAAAAACCCAUCGGGACCACCCAACACAGCAUCCAGUUUUUCACCCAUCAUCAAACUGCUAGAAGCUCGUAUGAAUAUAAAUUCCGGUGAGGACAAGAAGCUGACCGGCACAGAGUACUCUUACUUCAUGAUUCCCUGCAGCUACGAGGGGCAGGCUGUCGUUGCUGAUGUCAGCAUAAACUGGUUCCAGGGCUCUCGGACAAACCAACUGAAGGAGUUCGAUAAUGACCGCAUCUAUGUGGACACUGAUGGUAACUUGCACUUCACCUACCUGAAGAGCUCUGACCGCAGUAAACCGACGGAAAAAUACAGGUGUGGUAUCGGCAGUACCCAGGUUUCGAUGAUUGUGCUGUCAAAUGGCAAUGAACUGGCAGUCACAGAAGUACUCAACCCAACCCCUCGCAAGCCCAUCCUGAAGUACGACAACUCUGGGGUGAGGGUCCGUCGCUUCACCACCGCCACGCUGGAGUGCUUGUUUGGGGGCUAUGACCCAGACCCGAGCCAACCGCAUGUGCCAAUGACAGAGUGGCUGGGCAAGGACUACCGUCCCAUCGUGCCAGGUGGCAAGUACCAGAUCUCUGAGGACACCCGGCGUUUGACCAUCACCAAUAUCCAAGAGGAGGAUGAGGGAGACUACUACUGCAAGGGGAAAAACUCUGUUGGCGAGACGGACCUCAACACAGUCACAUUGGAUGUUACCUCUGAGCCCCUGUGGGAGCCGGAGGGUGCGCCUGCCGACACGACUGUGCCCGAAGGAGAGAAUGCCAUCUUCAACUGCAACGCCCGCUCGACCAUUGAUGAGACCCCGCCUCAGAGCCCGAUCUGGUACAUCAACAGCGAGCAGACAGGCUCUCAUACUGAUCCAUCCAAGUACCUGAUCUCUGCGGACAAAAAGCGUUUGACUGUGCUGAGUGUACGGAAAGCCACAGACAUCCUGUGUGUGCAGUGUAAGGUAGUCAACGAGGAAGGAACCACCUGGGGAGAUGGAUGCCUCAACGUCAUUUUGGGCAUCGACAUCACCUACCAGCCCCCGGAGAAACAAGAGAUCGUGUACGGCGACACCAUCGACCUGACGGUCCGCGCCACCACAGAUCCCAGCAUCAAGACUCUCAACUACGAGUGGCUUUUCGACAAUGAGACGUAUGUCACCACUCCCCCGUACGCGAUCAUGGGCCAGGACCGAUACACCUACAUCAACACCAGCCUGCUGAACAACGAUGAGUACAAGAGCGUGGCGGGACUGUACACGUGCGAGAUAGCCCACAACUUCCAGAGGAAGGCUGUCAAUGUGGAGGUGGUGCUGGUGGAUAAGCCUGUUGUCGUUCCGGUGACGGCCUCCGCUGGCUUCCCUAUGUGGAUCAUUGCUCUGAUUGUCGGUAUCCUGUUCCUCAUCAUUAUCAUCAUCAUCAUCAUUUGCGUCAUUUGCCGGAAGAAGCAGGAAGGAGACUACAAUGUGGACAAAAAGGAAACAGGCGCUGGUCUAGACCCUAAGAAGGAGUUGAUGGAGAAAGGAUUUGAUGACUAUUCCAGACCUGACCCAGCUGAUUUUGAGUACGGUGACAAGCCCCGAAGAGAGCUGCCAUAUGAUGAAGACGCACCUCUGGUGGGAGAAGACACCAAAAGCUUGGGAGAGUACAGUGAGGAUGAAGAGGCCAGGUUCUUCAACGAGGACGGCUCAUUCAUUGGGCAGUAUCACAAGAAGGACCCGACUAGGCCACCCCCACCACCCAAUGAAUCAAAUAUUUAAAUCUGACGCACACAAAGUCUGCCCCACUUUUGAUAGGAGGCUGCGGACUCCGGUGCGGAAGAUCUAUUUUUAGAACUUGAAGACAACGAAUAACAACUGAAGAAUGUCUUAGUUUAAAGAGAAUUUGUUUUGAGAGAAAUGAGAUUGAACAUAUGUCUUUAUUGAAAACUGAUUUAUUAAAAAAAUUGUAUGUUAUUCUAAUGGAUAUUUCUAAAAAGUACUGUUAUCUUUUAAUCAUAAUAACAAAAAGCAAUAAUUAAAUUAGCGUUAAUCAGUUUAGAGUUGCGUUUUUAGAUUUACUGUAUAUGCCGUGUUUCUUCUGAAUGAUGCAAGUGUUUUAAAAGUUUCCUUUUUUUCUUGAGAUUUGUCUUGAAAAUCUGUGUAAAAAUACUUAGAUUGAUAGUAUUAGAGUGGGGAGUCUUAAUGGUGAGAAAUUGGUGCGAUGAUCAUUAGCUCUCUAGUUUUGUGGGGGAGGGGGGGAGGUGGAGAGGGGGGGUGUUUUUGUCAAAUCAUGUGUGUGGCUGCUUCAGUCUGCAUGCUCAUUCCCUGUUAUGUAUAUUUACUCUUUUAUUUAGUUUGUUCUUUGUUUUUGUGACUGGAGACAGGGAUACUGUUUGUGGUGUCAAUCAUUAUGAAACUAGUGUGUUUAACCUAUUUGAAUUGUAACUGACCCCUCUUUCUUGAGGAGUAUAGAUACUGUUUUAAAUGAAACGUGAUUAUUUUGUAUGCAUGUGAAAUAACAAAGUUAGAUUGAUUAUAUAUAUAUAUGUGCCGCACACUGCUAAAGUGUAUUACCAUUCAUGAAAACUUGCAGAUAUGUGGUUUUGGUACGUUGACAUUGUGUAGUGUAUGUCGAGGGUUAGAAUAGAUGCAUGUGUGUUUGAGGAGGGCAGGGGAUAGACUCUUAUGCUUAAGCAUAGGUUUUUUUCCCCACUGUUGUGCUCAAUAAGAAAGAAUGUUCGGACGUCUUGUAUAAAGUUACAUUCAAACCUGCUCUGUCAAGACGACCACCUGUUUUCGAGGAGGAAAAAGUGGCGGUUGUUUUAGGCAGGUGGUCCCGCUUGGUCAGUGUUAUUGCAGCACAUGAAAUAAACCGCACAGCGGGAAAUGGGAAGUGAUUGUUUGGACAGGUGAUUAUCUUGGACAGGUGAUUAUCUUGGACAGGUGAUUAUCUUGGACAGGCAGGUGGUCAUAGAGCAGGUUUGACUGUGUGUUUAUAAACGUUUUUAUUUCUUGCAUCAUAACAUAGAUUUUGAUUCAAAAGACGCAUUAUUUUUUUUACCUGUCUUGUGUGUUCCCAGGGUCUUGGCCUUUAGUUCAUUAAUUUUUUUCCUUUUCUUUUUUUUCUUUUUUGUUUGUUUGGGGG